GAAGGAUCCCUUCUCAAGCUGUGUAGGGCUUGGUAAUUUUGGUAACCCAUGUGGGCGGGGAAAUGAAUCGGGCUACAGGCAUAUUUAGCUUGUCAGUUUUCAGUUGCUCAGACUUGCAAAAGGGUUUUCCUUAACCUGCAAGUUGUCUGUUUCCUUUAUGCAUGCUUGAGUUAUUUCUCUUGUACGUAUUAAAGGGGAAAAAAAGCCAUAUAGACAAGAGACACCCCUGCAGCAGUACCAGUGGAAAAAAAUUCUAGAAUUUACAAGAAAACCAAGGUGGAAUUUUUAAAAGUACUCAAGUGGAUUUAAAAAAAAAAAACCUGAAAUAUGAUCGGUUUACUGCUCCUAUGGAUAUGCACAUUAAUUGUGAACUCCUUGACUCAUCCUGCUGUAAUAAUCCCACAAGACCCAACUCUAACAAUAGGAUCAUCACUAACCGCUUCUUGCUCAGUGGACCAAGAUUUAAACCUGAAAGUUGAGGACCUAUCCUGGACCUUCAAUGGGAGACGACUCCCAGCAGAGCUAUAUAGGAUACUCAACAGCACAUCUUUAAGUGUGGUCUUGAAUAACCUGAACGGAUCCAAGCAGCAGUCAGGAGAUAACCUGGUGUGUCACGGCAAAGACGGGAGAAUCCUGGCGGGCUCAUGUCUUUAUGUUGGAUUGCCCCCUGAAAAACCAACCAAUAUUACCUGCUGGUCAAAGAAUAUGAAAGAUCUAACCUGCAAAUGGGUUCCAGGAAGUGAAGGGGAGACAUUUCUGCACACAAAUUACACAUUGAAAUACAAACUGAGGUGGUACGGCAGAGAUAAUACAUGUUUAGAAUAUCACACCAUGGGGCCUUACUCCUGCCAUAUCCCAAAGGAUCUUGCCCUCUUCACACCCUACGAGAUUUGGGUGGAAGCUUCAAACAGACUUGGAUCCACCACCUCUGACAUAAUAACCUUGGACAUUCUUGAUGUGGUGACGACAGACCCACCAUCAGAUGUCCAUGUGAGUCGAGUUGGCGACUUGGAGGAUCAGCUAAGUGUGCGCUGGAGUUCUCCACCUGCCCUUAAGGACUUUCUCUUUCAAGAUAAAUACCAGAUCCGCUAUAGAGUUGAAGACAGUACAGAAUGGAAGGUGGUUGAUGACGUGGGUAACCAGACAUCCUGCCGACUAGCUGGUCUUAAGCCAGGAACAGUCUAUUUUGUCCAAGUCCGAUGCAAUCCAUUUGGAAUUUAUGGAUCUAAAAAGGCUGGAAUCUGGAGUGACUGGAGCAAUCCCACUGCUGCCUCCACUCCAAGAAGUGAAAGAAUAACUGGGGUAUGUGACCCAAAAAGUGGGGAGCAGAAUUCCACACUGCGACGAGAGCUAAAGCAGUUCUUUGGAUGGGUCAAGAAACAUGCAUAUGGUUGCUCCAACCUCAGUAUCAAACUGUAUGACCAGUGGAGGGUGUGGCUGCAGAAAUCACACAAAACACGGAACCAGGUAGGUUCUACCAGGUGAUAAGUUAUAGCAUCUUAUUUCAGCCGAGAAAGAGAACACAAAAGAAGCGAAGCUGAAAGCUUAACGCAAGAUGGCAGCCAAACACGAGCACCGCCCUGGAGAAGACGUUUAACUACAUCUUUGGCAACCUGGCGAGGACCUUUGUUUGAUAAAGACAGGCGAGCAAAAAUGAAGUCACGCAUUUUGGCAUAAAUGUAAAUAACAUUCAGCUCCUGAAUUCAUGGAUUGAAGGUGACCAAAUAAUCUUGUGGAAGACUUUUUUUAUAUUAUGAUUCUUUUUCAGUGCUUCAUUUGAAGUCUUUAGGUUUUAUUUUUUAUUUAAAUUUGUAAAUUUAGAACCGUUUUGUAAUGCCUGCAGUUGUACUUUCUAUGUUUUUGUAAGUCUAGAAUCUGAAUGUUCUUUGUAAAGCUGGCUUUGAGUCUCCCUUUUUAAUUCAAUGUUUUGAUGUUUUUAUGUUUUUUAAAGUUUACUUCCUCUUGCAAAAUAAUAUGUUCUUUAAAAAUAUAGGAUAUUUGUCCUGGGGCUGUGCUAAUGCACAAAGAAAGAAUGGAUGUUAUAGACUGAAUUGCUUUGCUUUAUAGAUCACACUCUUAUUAGUUAAACAUUAGGUAGGUCAUUGAGGAGAAACUCUUCAAGAUCACAGUGUUCUUUUAAUCUUGAUCUGCUAUUACUGGGCAAAGCAUAUUUACUUAAAUAGGGAAUAUGGAAAAAAGGACUUUUUGCCAACGAUUUCAUUAGUCUAAAAAGGUAAUGCUCUACCAUUAGAGAAGCCAGUAAAGGUAAAAUAGGAACAACAAUGUUUUGGGUAUAUGGUAGAAUCUUAAGUGAUCUGAAAGGUGUUUUAUAGUAAAACUGCAUUUAUUUUCAUUUGGGACCAAGUGCCACUAGUUCUACGAGUUCUGUCACUGGAACUAAAGUCUCUCAAGUUGUCCUGAUACAGCCUAUUGCCUUGGCAUCUACACUGGGGGGUACACUUAACGGAUCAGUAACAUCAAUAUUUUAUAUUAACAAAUUUGUUACUGUAGAACAAAAAAAACACAACGACAUAUUAAACUUUUAAAGAAAUAACU